AUGGACAGCUCGCAGGACGUGGAGAGACAGACAGCGAAGAAGAGGAGAAAGAAGAAGCGCCAAUCAGCAGACGAAGACUCGUUCAUACCAAACUCACAACAAACCACUUCGCCCACGACGAACUCGUCCCCACUCGUCCAGAGCAUCGAAGCAGCGCGACGCAAGAACCCCAACUCCAAGAAAUGGAACGACAACGACGACCCUCUCGAGAUCGCACGCCGCGACCUGCAGAAAUGGCUCAAGCGGAAGCAGAUGCAGGAAGCCGUGCUGGAGAACCGAGCGAGAUGGGUGCAGAUGCCGAACAACAAGUGGGGCAUCAAGUUCUAUAAGCCUGGUGAGGCUCCUGAGAAGGAGUUGACAGAGGUGGAGGCGGCGAGGCUGCGUCUUGUUAAGGGGGAGAUGGAGAGGUAUCGGCAGAGUUUGGAGGCUUCGCAGCAGGCGGAGGGGAAGAAGGAGCAGGGGAUGCAGACGGACGAGAAGCAAGGCGAAGACGCUGACAACGCCAAACCUGCACGACAGAAGAGGAAGAAGAGUGAGGCGAGCGAAAAGGGGGCAGCUGACGAAGUACAACAAGCACCCGGGCGGGCCGCUAACGUGGAGGAUGCAUCGAUUCCAGCGAGAGCUGCAGCUGAGAAUGAAGAACCUACAGAAAGCAAACGAGCGAAGAAGCGUAAGAGGAGGUCUGGGGAGGAGGUACCGGUGUCCCAGUCAGAACCAGCGCUAGAGGCCCAAGAGCCGCGACGCAAGAAGAAGAAGCAGAAGACUCAGGAUGAGCCAGAGCAGGUGUCUGAACCCAGACGUCCCAUGCAGGAGUCUGCUCGGAAUGCAGAGCUACUCCAGAAGGGUUUGCAAGCGAAUGCCGAGAAUGUCGCUGCUUGGCUGGCAAGUCAGGACGAUCCAGAAGCACCUCCAGAGAGCAAUGCUGUGGAUGCAGUGGAAGGAGCGAGCGGAGACGUGAAGCCAAACAAGAGGAAGCGAGUGUCUCGGUAUGUCGAGGACGACGAAGAAGACUACGACCCAUCGAAGGAAACCACCGAGUCGAUUGCUCCAACAACUACUGCUCCAACUACCAGCGCACCAAAGGCCAGUGGCAAAUCAAAAUCGUCUGGUGCAUUCACAGCAGAGGAGAAAGUCAUAUGUGAUCUAGUCUUCGGCCAGGUCCAACAAAAACUGGGUUUAAGUGAUGCCGAACUCAAGGCUCAGAUCCAGCAAUGGCGCACUGCGGGCAUCUUCAAAGCUGAGCUCGAGGAAGCCCUACCAAACCGAUCAAAGGCCCAGAUUCGCAAGUUCGCUCAGCGCAGAUACCAUCCUUACGAGCGUGGAGCUUGGACGGCAGACCAAGACGAGGCAUUGAGAGACGCCCAUGCCAGAUGGCCUGGUCAAUGGACCAAGAUCCGUGACCUCGUCGAUCGUAGUGCUGGAGACUGCAAAGAUCGUUGGGUCAAGCACAUCCAAUUUGGCGACGACAAGGCUACUGGGCCUUGGUCACAAAAGGAGGAGAUCAAGUUGCUUGAAGCAGUCGAAGAGUGUAUAGAGACCAUCAAGAAGGAACGUUCCAAAGACCGCGCAAUGCUCAAGGAUCGAGAGCGUCUGGAAUCGAUGAUCAACUGGCAGACUGUGUCCGACAAAGUGGCAGGUGGACGAAGCUCGAAGAGAUGUCGCGAGAAGUUCGAGAAGUUGAAGGCUCGUGAACAAAAAGGAGAGCCCGUUGUGGCUGCAGAACAAGAGUCGACCUCGGCAUCAGCGAAUGAUGCAGCUAAAGAGGCGUCCAAGGAGAAGGGAGCAAAGAAACUGCUCGAGGGCUUCGAAAUCGGGGACUACUACGAUGUCUUCGCUGAAGUCCACACGGCCUUCAAGGACCACUCUGCACACUUCCACGACGAGAGGAACGUUCUCUGGUCGAUCGUCGCCCAGAAGAAUCAAGCCUCACGAUUCAACACCACAUGGCUUGGAGGAGCAUUGCGCAGAGUCGCCGUCGAGACUGCAUUGAAAGAUUGGCCGAUCAAUUCUAAGAAGAUCAAACGCAAGAUCGAGCAGGCUGAGACGAUCCCAGCGAAGGCGUUGCAGCUCGCCAAGCUUGUUGAAAAGCGAUGUGCAGAUGACACGGCUUCUCUGCCGAGGACGUUCAAGCCCGAGCUCAUCGGCAAGACCGCCGCCGAAAUCGUCAUGUUGAAGAUGGCGAGUAAGAAGCAGCAGUCGAAGAAAGAGGACUUGUCGAAGGAAAUUGUGUCUGACUCAGAGGCUGAGGAGGAUGGGGAUGUCCUCCAGGAGUCCAAGGCCACAGAAGAGGAGCAGGAGCAGGAAGUUCCCGAGACCUCUGAGGACGAGCUCAUCUCCCCUGAAAACGACAUCAGACGUGACCCCUCGCCAACUCGCGAAAACGAACAAGAUGAAGACGAAGCUGCACCGGAGAGUGAUGGCUCUGUUUACGAAGAGAAGGAAGACCAUGAAGAAGACGAAGACGACGCUUCCGAUAAUGACGCCGCACAAGUCGUGCCUGAACCCCAAGCCGAAGAACCCGAACCCAAGCGCUUCCGUCGCCCUCGUGUCCCCAAGCGCGAAGACGACAUACCCGUAUCCUCGAUCAACAGCCGGGUCGGCAUGGACAGCACGCAGGCCAGUCCUAGCCUUAGUCCGGAGGCGUUCCUGCAGCGAUGCCGCACCGCUGGAAAGAGGCAGCAUGAAGAGUACGUUGCGACGACGUCCGGUGGUAGUAAGCGGAGGAGAUGA